UGGAGACUUCACUACCGAAGAAAUAUCAAAGAAAUUGAAUCAAACAUGAAGGGUUUUAACUCUAAGGCUCUGCCCCUAAUGUUGGUGUUUGUUCUGGUGACGACAAGUCUGGUGCAGCAAGGGAAGAGCCAUCCUUGUGGGAGCACAUUCUUCGCUGCACUUGUCCAGUUGGUUCCUUGCAGGGCGGCAGUAGCUCCUUUCAGCCCCAUUCCUCCAAGUGACGCGUGCUGCAAUGCCGUCAAGACUCUUGGCCAGCCUUGCUUGUGUACACUUGUCAGUGGUCCUCCCAUCGCUGGUGUCGACCGGAACAUGGCAAUGCAGCUUCCCGACAAGUGCACUGCAAACUUUGAACCAUGUGAUAUUAUGAAGUAGAAGGAGAAGAAUAUUUCAGUGUGGUAGGGGAAGUUUGAAGAAUAAGUGUGUCCAGAGCUCCCAGAAGCUUUUGUUCUAUUGACUAUGGAUGUUAGGGAUAUGACAGCGUGAUGAACUUUGAGUUAAUUAUGUACUGAAUUAUGUGGGUUUGCGUAUUUUGAUUUUCAUUGUUAUUGUUAAUUAUAUAUAUACUGUUACUAAUGCCACGAAGAGUGCUUAUUAAAUAUGAAAGCAUCUAAAGAAA